AUGUACUUUGCCAACAUUCUAGCACUAGCUAUUCUGGCAAUCGCCACUGUCUCUGCCAGACCGGCCAGCUCCUACGAUUCCACUCACGAGCUUGCGACUCGUGCUGAUCCAUCCAAGCCAUGCCAAGGAAAAUCCUGUGAUCAGCAACUUCCAAAAUCUCCUGCUAUUCCUGCUAUUCCUGCAGGCCACACCCGGCCAGAGAACAAACUCAACUGCAUCGGAUCUACCUGCAAGCCAGUAGCUGCCAAACCUGUUAAUGGUCACGCGUUCCAUGGCGCGCUCUAUCACAACUUUCAGUGCUUCGGAUCCAACUGUUUCCCGGCGCUUCGCAACAACAUCAAAUGCCGUCGCGGCAACUGUCUUUCAUCAAAUUCCAAGGUGGUUGGCAAGAAAAAAUGCUACGGUGCGCGCUGCAAAACGCUCAAGUCAGCGUACCAUGCUCCCUUGCUCCCAAUGAAGUGUGUUGGCAACAAGUGUGGCAAAAGCAAUGUCCUUCGCAAGCAUCCUCAGCCUGCACCGCCAAUUGGGAACUGCCAUGGCGAACAAUGUGGGGGCGAUAAACUUGUUAACACUGGCCGGCCAGUUCCUCUGAACCAGAAGUGCACCGGUGCUGAGUGUAGCAAGAUAAAAACCCCAUCUCCUCUGCCGGCUUUGAAGAUUUACAACAAGGGAGUGGGUCGAGACAACGUCGUUGACAGUCAUCCACCAUCCCCACCUGAUCAGAAGCACAGUCGGAAUGUACGCGAUAUUCACCUGGAUCCUGCCGAAAACCCAAAAGCGUGUGGUCCGGGGAAGGUGUUUUAUGGUGGUGCUUGCAAGUAUCCAAUGGCUUGA